AUGCCGUCAAGAAACUCCAUUGUUCCCAAUUUAGAUCUCAGCUCUUCCACCUUACAGACAAGUGCGAAGAUCUUGUCUCCACUAACCCCCGGCGCCCAAAGCUCGGACGGACAGAGUCCUUUGACACCGCGCUCUCCUAAGUCUUCGUCUAGUUCACCUUUCCUCAAAGGAGCCACAAUUCGACCUGUCGCCCAGGAGUCCAAUAGCAAGUCGAGCAGUCCUACCUUCCCGGUAUCUCCAAGUCUUGCUACGGAACCUCCUACCCCGGGCUUCACGGCUAUUCCUCAGUACCCCCCCUCACCCAAGGACUCUCCAAAGCACAGCCGCGAUCCUUCGCGAUCCUUCUUCGCAACUCUCAAGGCACCGAAGACUUCGCAUAAAGGCCAGGUAUCAGACAGUUCGGAAAAUUCGGGGGACAAGCCCAAGAGUCGCGGUAGUUCGAGAGAUCGCAAGACACAGAUCUCAUCCAAGCUAUACGAAUCGACACCAGAUCUUCCUAGUGCUAUCGAGCGUGCCACACAGGAGGAGACCAACGGAAACAUCUCUGAAGAAAAAUAUUUCCACCCAGCAGACAUCAAGAAAGUGGGGACUGAGACUGAGACCGGACAGCCUCUUAGGAAAAAUAAGCCACGAUUUGCCAACCUUCUCUCCCGAUCUCGCUCAAUCAGGGUAGACGACUCUACUGUAAACAGAAUAGCAAAUCGCCGUCCAUCUACCAGCCUCAUGAGACUCGAAGAAAACGGUAGACGGGAGAUGCAGGAGACACAAAAAACAACGUCAACACGGCCAGAGCGGGGGAACAAGAGCACAGCGAAUUCAGCACAUCGCAAUCAUGGCUCCGAUCGUUCUGUGGAAAUCAGUGGUGGUCCUAUCAGGAAGGACAGACACCAUGGAGGGUCGAUGGUGCCGUCCGCUUCCUUGAGUCAAGUGUCUGGUGCUUCAGCAGCACUCUUCAACAAUAUCAAGCAAUCCUCGAGCGGCGCCGCAGAUCGGAUCGGUAAGGCGGGCAAAGGUUUUUUUGGCAAAAUCACUCGGAGCGGUAGCACGAAUGAGCGGGAUCUCAUUACCGAUGACAACUAUAUCUGCUCUGUGAUCAAUUUACCGCUCAUUGAACAAGCGCGACGAACUCGCAUAGCGAAGCGACUCGAAGACUGCAAAGACAAAACAGAGUUCUGGAUGCCGGCUCUACCAUAUCGCUACCUAAACUUUAAAGGAUGCGAAGAGGAAGGACUCUAUCGAGUCCCAGGUAGUGGGAAAGAAGUAAAGCAUUGGCAACGACGUUUCGAUACAGAAUAUGAUAUCAAUCUUUUUGACGUGCCGGAUUUGUAUGACAUCAACACCAUUGGCUCUAUGUUCAAGGCUUGGCUUCGAGAGCUGCCUGAUGAGCUUUUCCCUAAGGAAAUUCAAGCCAUGAUCGCAGAGAAAUGCGAAGGGGCAACUACUGCUCCUCAGAUGCUAAAGGAUGAGCUCUCCAAAUUGCCACCGUACCACUAUUACCUUCUCUUUGCCAUUACCUGUCAUCUGAACCUUCUCCAUUCAUAUGUGGAACAAAACAAGAUGGACUAUCGCAACCUCUGCAUAUGCUUUCAGCCCUGCAUGAAAAUAGAUGCGUUCUGCUUCAAUUUCCUUGUCUGUGACUGGAAGAACUGCUGGCAAGGUUGCUGGACUGAGAAAGAGUACCUCCAGGCAGAAAAAGAAAUGGAUGACAAAGAGAAGGCAACGCAAUCAAGAGAGAAUUUGUCUCAAGUAUCUCCUCAAGCAUCAACCGUGGAUGAAAGAGCCAUAUCUUCGUCGGGUAGCAGCCAACUUGCCGUGGAAGAGGAACCGCCUCGCACCGAGACCGCAAAGCCCUUGAAGCAAAAGCCCAAGAACAUUGAGACAACCCAUACUAGGAGUGUCUCUCAGCUUCCAGAACUUGGACCUCCACUUUCGCCCAUUCGGAUAUGA